AUGUCAAACAAAGUUCGGAAUUAUCGAAUAGCUCCUGGUCAACCUUCAACACAAAAAGGCUCUGCACUUGAAGAGUUUGGUUAUGAUUUGACAAAAUUAGCAAUUGAAGGUAAAUUAGAUCCUGUAAUUGGACGUAAAACAGCAAUCGUUGAAGGCUUAGCACAAAGAAUCAUUAAUGGAGAAGUGCCCGAGAGUAUAAAAAACAAAAAAGUCAUUGCACUAGAUCUUGGAUCUAUUAUAGCAGGAUCAAAAUUCAGAGGCGAAUUUGAGGACAGAUUAAAAACCAUAUUAACAGAAGUACAGGAAGCAGAAGGAAAAUUGAUAUUGUUCAUUGAUGAAUUGCACAACCUACUUGGUUUAGGAAAAGCUGAAGGUUCAAUUGAUGCAGGUAAUUUGCUUAAACCUGCUUUGGCAAGAGGUACAUUAAAAUGUUGUGGUGCCACUACAAUCGAUGAGUAUAGAAAACAUAUUGAAAAAGAUCCAGCAUUGGCCAGGCGAUUUCAGUCUGUUAUGGUUUUAGAACCAACAGUAGAAGAUACUGUAUCAAUAUUAAGAGGUUUAAAAGAAAAAUACGAAGUUCAUCAUGGUGUAAGAAUAUCAGAUUCUGCUCUUAUUGCUGCAGCAACUUAUUCACAUCGAUAUAUAACUGAUAGAUUUUUACCUGACAAGGCUAUUGAUCUAGUUGAUGAAGCAUGUUCAAAACUCAGAUUACAACAAGAAAGUAAACCUGAAGCAAUAGAAGAUCUUGAUAGACAAAUUAUUACUUUAAGAAUAGAAAUGGAAUCUUUAAGAAAAGAAACUGAUCCUGUUUCAAAUGAGCGUAGACAAAAAAUACAAAAGGAGCUUGAUGAAAAACAAGCUGAGUCCAAUAAAUUGAAUGACAUCUGGCAGGAAGAAAGAGUUAAAUUGCAAGAAAUCAAAUCCAUUAAAUUGAAAUUAGAGCAAGCAAGGAUUGAAUUGGAAUCUGCUCAAAGACAAGGCAAUUUUACUAAAGCAAGUGAGUUGAGAUAUGGUGUUAUUCCAGAAUUGGAAAAACAAUUGCCAAUAGAUGGUGAAGAUCAAGAGACUGGUUCUUUGAUACAUGAAAGAGUGACAGCUGAUGAUAUUGGAUCAGUUAUAUCCAGAAUGACUGGUAUACCAAUACAUAAUCUACUUAGAAGUGAAAGGGAUCGAUUGUUACAUAUGGAGAAAACUUUAUCUCAACGAGUUGUUGGGCAAGAUGAAGCUAUCAAAUCAGUUUCAGAAGCUGUUAGGUUAAGUAGAGCAGGUCUACAAAGUUCCACAAGACCAAUUGCAUCAUUUUUGUUUCUUGGACCAACGGGUGUUGGUAAGACUGAAUUGUGUAAGGCCAUAGCAGAAUUUUUAUUUGAUACAGAGUCAUCUAUCAUACGUGUAGACAUGAGUGAAUAUAUGGAAAAAUUUGCAGUAUCAAGAUUAGUUGGUGCACCACCAGGUUAUAUUGGUUAUGAAGAGGGUGGUGAACUUACUGAAGCUGUUCGUAGGAAACCAUUUUCUGUUAUUCUCUUGGAUGAAAUGGAAAAGGCCCAUAGAGAUGUUGCAAAUUUAUUAUUACAAGUUCUUGAUGAUGGAUAUAUUACUGAUUCACAAGGUCGUAAGGCAAAUGUAUUAGCAUCAUCUGAUUUGUCUGGAGAUGGUAAAGUUGGUAAUUUGACAAAAAAUGCUGUACUUGAUGUAGUCAGAAGGCAUUUUCCACCAGAAUUUGUCAAUAGAAUUGAUGAAAUGAUUGUUUUCAACAGACUUUCACGUUUGGCUUUGAGGGAUAUUGUUGAUGUGAGAUUACGCGAGGUUCAAGAAAGAUUAAAUGAUAAACAGAUUACUAUUGAUAUUGACGGACAUGCAAAAGCAUGGUUAGCAACAAAUGGUUAUGAUCCUGUUUAUGGUGCCAGACCACUUAAUAGGUUGAUUCAAAAGAAGAUACUUAAUCCUUUAGCAAUGAAUUUAAUAGAG